CAAUCGAACACCAUUCUUCCUCACCACAACAACACUUAAGCUCUACUAAGGGGAGAGGAGAGAACACGAUGGCGUCCCUCCCCUCUUCUUCCGUCCUCCUCCCUGUCCUCAUCCUCAUCCUCGUCGCUGCUGCGACCGACGCGGCGACCUUCACCGUCAUCAACAAGUGCCAGUACACGGUGUGGGCGGCGGCGGUGCCGGCCGGCGGGGGCAGGCAGCUGGACGCGGGGCAGACGUGGAGCAUCAACGUGCCGGCCGGCACGACGGGCGGGCGGGUGUGGGCGCGCACGGGGUGCAGCUUCGACGGCGCCGGCAACGGGCGGUGCCAGACGGGCGACUGCGGCGGCAAGCUGCAGUGCACGCAGUACGGGCAGGCGCCCAACACGCUGGCCGAGUUCGGGCUCAACAAGUACAUGAACCUCGACUUCUUCGACAUCUCCCUCAUCGACGGGUACAACGUGCCCAUGUCGUUCCUGCCGGCCCCCGGCUCCCCCGGGUGCCCCAAGGGCGGGCCUCAGUGCCCCAGGGUGAUCACGCCGCACUGCCCCAACGAGCUGCGGGCCGCCGGAGGGUGCAACAACGCGUGCACGGUGUUCAAGGAGGACCGGUACUGCUGCACCGGGUCGGCGGCCAACAACUGCGGGCCGACCGACUACUCGAGGUUCUUCAAGGGCCAGUGCUCCGACGCCUACAGCUACCCCAAGGACGACGCCACCAGCACCUACACCUGCCCCGGCGGCACCAACUACCAGGUCAUCUUCUGCCCAUGAUCGAGCUAAAACUAGGCAGCCAUUGAAGCGGUCUCGAUCGAGCACACAGACAAGAAGGAGUCUAUCUGAUCUUAUAUAAAAAUAAGCGUGAUUGGAUGCAUACGUUCAUAUGUACAAUCACAUGUAAGCGGGAAAUGGAUGUAUUCGACAAGGAAAUUGCUAAAAAGAUUUGAGAGGGCUAUUUACUAUA